AUGAAUCGAGGGAACGCCGCGAGUAAUGGAUCCUAUAGAGUUGGACAAACACAAUCCUCCAAUAAAGAGUGUUGGGACUCAGUAUCAUACUUAGAUAGUGCCUUUCAUCAUGAGUUUAUGCGCCUGCGCCAGAAUAAAGGAGAAUUUGUUUACCUUGAAGACCAACGUCUAAUACGCGAAUUGGACGAUUUCUGCGAUGUGGAUACCAUGCACAAGCAUAGAAGACCGAUCAUCUUGCUAGGAGAAAGCGGUAUAGGAAAGAGCACUUUCUUGGCUAAUUGGCUUGAACGCCGUAGGAAAUUAUUUAUUAGUUGGCAGACCCCCUACCCUGAGUUUAUAUUUUCGCAUGUAGUGGGAAGUUCGCGGAAUUCUUGUCUUGUAUCCAACUUACUUGAGCGUAUACUGCGUGAAAUCAAGGAGCAUUUUGAGCUUACCAAUGAAAUUCCUGAUGUAUCAGAACGACAUAUUUGGCAGCUUCCUCGUUUCUUGGAGGCUGCAUCUAAAAAAGGUCGCACCAUAAUCGUGGUUGACGGACUUCAAAGAUUGCGUACGCAAAAUGGUGACAAUAUUAUGAAGUGGAUUCCGCUUUCAAUUCCACCAAACAUUCGUCUUAUCUUUACUGGGACUCUGAAUAGCCCGACAGCUGACAUGUUCCAAGAUAUACCUGGGAGCAGUCGAAUAGCCAAAACUCAAGCCCGUGACAAUGAAGGUGGUGGUACUCAGAAAGUUAGCGGAAAGAGUUACUGCGAUAGAAAAAGUCUUCGAUCUCAGGUAAUCGAACGAAUAAGAACAGAGGCCGCUCGUCGGAACUGGAAGCUUAUUCACUUGUUUCAUCUGGUUGAGGAGGACCGCAAGCGCAUAUUGAAAUUAUUUUUAUCAAAAGUUAAUGAUCAAGGCACUGGUGUACGAGAGACGAUAAGCCUGCAACUUUAUGACGUACAGCAACGUGCCAUCAUCGGCGUACCUGCGAGCGCCAGUCCGCAUUUUUUGAAAAUUUUUCUUGUGUGUUUGUUGUGGGCUGUGAAGGAAGGAUUUAAUAUACAUACUGUAUUCGAAAGCUGGUUACACGCACACAAUGCGACUCAGUUGCUGGAACUUGUCCUGUUGAGUAUGGAGACUGGCUAUAUUCCUGAUCAACUCGCAACAUCGAAUGCCAUGACAUUUUUGCUCAAGUUUGGCAGCAACGAUGAAAAAGAUUUAGUUGUGACAAACUCCGCAUUGGAACACGCAAGUAACUCAGCUGAUCUUGCAAACUUGAAGCGAAGUCUGCGCUCAAACAGUUGUACAAUGACGAUUGGUGCCAGCGACGUUACAGAUUCCAGGGCAGCUAACGUGUUAAACACCGUUGAUUGUUGGAAAUUUAACACUUUGAACUCAGGACCGACCAAACUAGAAAGCGCCAACAGCAUUUAUGAAGCUAACAAUCUAUCUGUCAACACUUUACGAACUGACGGAGCUGAUCCCAGGCCACAAGCUAAGACGCUGUUCAACAGAGGUGGACGUAGUGUUGCUCCGCUGAGAGAGUUGCUAGGUCGAUCGUUAGGCUUAUUGUACACCAGUCGUCAUGGUUUAUUGCUAAAUGAACUGCGUUUUAUAUUGAACACAGUCGUAGCUGAGGCGCAAGGUGAACAUCGCUCUAGAGAACAUGACGGAAAUGAUAAAGCUUUGGAUGGCCAUGGGGUAUUUGCACGACAGGAUAAGCUUACAGCCUUUUCUGAGGAGCAAUGGCAAGCCCUCCUACGGGUCUUGCGAUCACUAAGUGUGCUUUUCGUUCGAGGUGUUGUGUUGAUACCUUUGUGCAAUGACGUUUUACGCGAUGUCAUUUGGUGGCGGUAUAUUGGCAAUGAACAAACUGAGCAACAGUAUCACCAUUGGUUGAUUCGAUUUUUUCGUUUUCACCCCACCACUUGCCGUCGAGUUGAGGAACUGCCUUGGCAUUUCAAGCGUUGCUACCAAUGGGAUGCGUUGCGCCAAAUAUUGACCAAUUUACCAAUGUUUCAGCUACUGUACACAACUAGCUACAAGGCCGAACUUUUUAAUUACUGGAAUCUGCUCACUGAUGGUUCCUUGCUUAAUCACAGUACAACUUCCAAUAUGUCUGAUUCACCCGCGUGCGUGAUGCCCUUCGAUGUAGUGAAAGAAUAUGGAAGAAGUGUCGACAAUUGGUAUCAAAAGGCUCAUCCAACGACGAAAACUUUCACGUCAAUCGUGCAGCUCGUCACGCACUUUAUGUACGACUUUUGCCUUUCAUGUCAGCGUCCGUUGCCUCAAUUUGUUCACGCUCCUCUUGGCCUGAAGGAACUUCACAUGGAUGGUUUUUUAUUUGUAAAAAAUUUGCCCCACGUUUUAACAAUCAGUAGCAUAGCUGAGGAUUCUGCGUUCGCGUUACCUUUCACGGGUGUCUCGCCAUUAGGAGGCUUGUCAGCAAUGAAGAGUACGCUGACUACUUCAUCUGCGUUAGUUGCAGCGUUGGACAAAUUUCCACCACAAGUCCACACCACAAGUACUGAAAUUACGAGAUCGUCCUUCGAGGAUGACGACUUAAAUGAAAGUUGUCGUUUUUAUUUUUACUAUCGGUGGAUUUGGAUUCAAUUUCCGUGGCUCGCGCUUGGUUGUGACUUGAAUAUUCGAGAUGGGUCUGCACAGAGUUCUUUUUCCGAAAUGGCAACCAGCAGUAGUGAUUGCGACAACAAUACUGAUCUAAUGCAGGCUAGUUUAUCAAAAAAAUUACCUCCUUUUACAUUGUCGCACGGAUCAUCCGAUCCAAAUAUGAUCGACGAAGCAAAAUGUCACGGUUGUAGUGGUGCAGUUGUGAACAACGGCAUGGCACAGGGUUCGUCAAAAAAAAUAUUGCAAACGGAAUGUUUUGAAGCUUGCUCUACGGCUGGCAAAACGAGUAUAAUUGACCCUCCUGCUACGCAGAGGUCUAAAGGUGUGGCGAAAUGUCGGCCGGUGUCAAUUAAAACUGGCUUGCAGGCGUCAGCGUUAUUAUCGCCUGUCAAUAAAACGUUCGAAAUCAGAACUCUUGGAGAUUAUAAAGCAAAGAAUAUUGCGCAUACAGUGAAAAGCCUUUACAUGUCCUCGGUCAACCAUUUUCCUAGUGCUGCUUUAAAAUUUUCAGCUUCUUUACCAACGUUAAGUAAACAUCAUAUAUCGGUUCAAAAAGCGUUUUUAUCAUCAGACAGCUUUGACAAACAUGAAAGUAGGGGGCAAACGAGUCAUUUUCUCUCGAAGACACCAGCAGCACAUCGAUCUAUUGCUGCAUCAGUUCCCACCAUGCCGGCCAAUGAACUACAAACAAAUGGAAUUGAAUUCAAAGAGAGAUUCAAAACUGAAGAUUUGCGGACAACAUCCUUCUGUUUUCCCUCGUCUUCAAAAGACUUCUCACAGAUAGACUGGGAAACAGAGCAGUCCCACAAUUACUGCGUAAUAACGAGGCUUCAAGGAAUAUACGAGGCAGCACGAUCCGACGUUGCGCGGAAGGAAAAGCACCUGCAUAAUAUCAUACAAAGAAAUAGUGAAACUUUACAGCGUUAUGAAGUGGCAACGCGCGAAUAUGCUAUGACACAGCACGCUGUGGAAGAAAUGAAUUCUCGUCUAGUAAAGUUAAGACGAUUAGUGAAGGCUGUUGAUCACCAGGAGAAACGGCAUCGCAAACUUAUUCGAGGGUGUGAAAUGUUUCCCACUUGUGCUCCUACGCACUUUGAAGCGAACAAAAAACAGCUACGUUUGAUACAACUAAAGCUCAGAGACCAAUAUAAUGAAAAAAAAGCGCUUCAAACGAAGAAACUUCACUUACGAAAUGAUAAACUUUCCAGUUUGCGAGAAGCAGUGAUUAAGAGUAAGCAGCUCAUCUCUGCUGUAGUGGAUAAGCUUGAGCAUGCCAGCAAAAGAGCUGCACACGAUCAAGAGUCGUCUGCCAAGCUGUAUCAGCGACAGUUGGAGAUGUUUAACAGUGUUCAAAAAAGAAAUGGCGAGGAUUAUAAGUACACAAUGGAGGAAGGGGAUGAGCAUACCCAACAAGCUAUCAGUGCACCUGCUCGCUUACUUGCGACCCAAAUUGCACAUCAGCAGACGGAGGUUGCUUGCGAGAGGAUUCAGGAAGCGACGGGUAUCUUGAAGAUGGAAAUACUCUUACAGAAAUUCACGCAACGUGAGGAGCUCAACGCAAGCUUGGAAGAGCAAGCUAAUCUUUAUGAAGCUCGCCUGAAACAGAUUAAAUUUCGAGAAAUUGAGUUAAAAGAGCAGCUGCGCACUCUGGAGCUCUCACAGGCUACAGCUCCAUCGGAGGAUCCCCGGAAACUUGAACAGAGGUUACGCGCUGCUAUCGUAGAGCUUGCGCGAACAGACUCCGCACAUACCAAUCUUCUUUCAAACUCCAAAGAGGUUUAUACUGGAGUUGCCAGAAUCGUUAAACUUAUGGAUCUAACAAACUGCAACAAUUCACUCCAAAAUGCCAUUUCAACUUCACGACUUUGGCCACCACCCAUAGGUUAUAAUGGCAACAAAAAUAUAACCUUUGGUAUUGAGAGACUCGAAACUUCAGCAAUCACAGCAGUCCUACAACUUUGCCAAAAUCGAGCAACUGUAAUACUGGACACCAUUGAUGGUGGUCGCAGUCUUCCUGACAUCAACAUGUCUCCAGUUACAGACAUGUCUUCAAGUCGUCGUUGGACAGCGCGCGGAGGCGACGACAGAAGAAUUUUACAUAAUCGCUAUCAUCAAUCACUGCAGCUCAGCAGCGUGACGGAAAAAAACAAGUAUAAAAUUUACGACCGUGGGGGCUAUGACGAUAGUCUGCCCCUUGCCGCAGCCACAAUCGAUAUAAAAGCUACGACGGUGACCCAACACACUGCGCCAGAUGAACAAGAUUCUGAAGAAGCAGAAGCAGUAUCAAGAGAGGCUAUCAAGGCUACCAGCAGGAAAAAAGUGGCCCAGCGAAAGCGAGCUCGCAACAAUGUAGGACAUCAAGUUGCUCAAAAUUUUGAAUGUAGAUGA